UGAUUUGUAUGAUUGAAGUUAUCUCCUUUUGUUUAUAAUUUGAUAUAUGGUUUAUCAUUGAUUGGUCAUAUUAUGAUGACUUUAUAAUUAAUUUGUUCUAUGAUAUGUAAAAGGUAAAAACAAAAAUCAUCCAUCUCACUCUAGCCAUAUUUCAAUGAUUUAAAGCCUAUAUGAUAUAUCCACUUGUUGAGAUUAUUGUUGCUUUAUGCUUUAUGUAUAGAAAUAUAUAAUUAUCUUUUCUUUACAUCUAAUGUUCAAUUAUGCUUAUCCACCAAAAAAAUGUUCAAUUAUGCUUUAUAGUUGGGCAAAAUGGACACUACAAAAAAACAGUUGACCAAACAAAGUACCGCAACUAAGAAGGUAACGAACUAUGAGAAACAAAGAAUGAAGGCAAUUAAUAAAAAUCGUGAGAGAAUGAAUGCUCUAGGAGUGAAAAAUAUAACAACUUUUUUGAAGGCUGCAGUUCAACAUAAGAAAUUAAGGAAGGAAAAACAAAUACCAAUUGAGGAAAAUGACGAUGAUUAUCGACCGUCAGAGGCUGAAGAUGGCAGUGACACUGAAUCCUAUGAUUCGUUUGAGCAUGAGUUGUUAGAGAUACCAUCGAGAGCCCGGGGAGGAGUAUGCAAGAAACCACCCACCGAAGGAUAUUGAUCCUACCAAGUGGAUAGAUCUUAUUGAUAAAAAGUGGAACACUAAAGAAUUUCUGGUAACAUUUUUAUCUUUUUUAUUAUGUUAGCGAAGAAAGAAUUUGAUUAGAAUAUGGAAAUAUUCCAAAAAAACUAGAAAGAACACAAUCAACUUGCUGUGAAAUUCCAUAUGUGUUCUUUUUCCCUUAUCCUCUAGGCAUGUAAGUGGAACAUAAUAAAAACCAAAUAAGUGGCAAAAUGAGAAAGGGAAACUAUUAAACAUGGAUUGGAAGACUCACAUAAUAGGAGAUUAAUUUAUGGUUCCUUAAAGUGCACCUUUCAUAUCACAUAAUAAAGAACUAAGAUUUCAAUUUCUAUGAUUGUAUUUUCUAUUUGUUCUUGAGUUUGGUCUGAAGUUUCAUGAUAAUGGUAAGCAACUAGCUGAGUAAGUAAUACAGGGUAUUAAGACAGAACUUUAGAUUUGAUAGAGUUGUGGAAGAAAGAAAGGGAUAUGAGUUUGGUAUCAGUAAUUGUUCCAUAUCUUGUGAAAUGUAAAUGGAUUUUUUCACAAUCUAUCUUGCCCAUGCUUAUAUGCCCCCUAUUUGUGAACGGUGUAAAUUACUCGUUUUUCUUUUUUCACCCAGAAAAACCAUCUUAUGAUGAAAUCUCAACAAGUCCUCUAAUCUUUUUUUCAAAGAAUUGAAUGAAACUAGUGAAUAAUUUGAAACAUCUUUUAAGUUGAAAUGAUAUAUAGGAAAAGGAUAGAUAGGAACAAUGCAAUUUCUUUAUUAUCAAGCAUUAAAUUUGUUUUACUAGUUAUACAUUUCAUUGUUAUAUUGGUUUAUUCUUCCUUACAGGAACAAU